AUGGGCUCUUCCCGGAAACGUACCCGGCGCGACACCGAAACCGACAUCGCCAUCGCCGACACCCCCAAGCCUUCCGGCGAGCUGCCCUUGCUUCAGCGCGUCAGAAACUCGUGGCAAUUUGCCAACCUAUUCCAAUGGAUCUACUUGUUUGGCAAGGUGGUCAAGGUUGACGAAAACCUCGACAUCGAUGAUCUCGAAGCCGAAUGUCUGAACCCCCACUCCACCGCCUUACGCGACAUCGGCCUCGCCUUGCUGAAAUCCGUAUCAUCGCAUCGCGGCCUGACCCCCGAGUUAUUCGAUGAAUAUACGCGCCGACAAUAUGUUGCCAAGGCGCCUGCCCGGAACCCUUUCGGCACCGACGAGACUCCUGCGAGAUUUGACGAUUUCGAUGCUACUAUGAAGAUCAAAGUGCUCCAACAACUGACUCAGUGGGUCAUGUUGCAUCCCGAGCGUGUUCGAGAGAAGAUGGACGAGCAGAAGCCCAGCGACCAGACAGAAUGGAGGAUCGAACCUACUGGAUGGGAUAGUGACGACCGCACAUAUUACAUUCUGGAUGACAACCGACUCUACCGAAUGACAGCUGCACCCCCUACUCCUAUCACCCCCUGGAAACCAAAGAAGAAUACCAAGAAAGCGAAAGCCGCCGCGAGAGCCGCCAAAAGACGUCGAGUAUCGAGAUCAACAGCCCACAACAACAAUGAUGAUGAUGAUGACGACGACGAUGCAGCAUCUGACACCGAAGAAGCCCCCGAGCCAGAAGAUGAUGGUCUUGGUGGCGCGAAAUGGGAAUGCAUUGGGACCACUUUGGAGGAGAUCCAGGAUUUCAUAGGCACCAUCCGGAAGACCCGCGAUGAGAACGAGAAGAUCCUGAGGGGUGCCGUGGAGGAGCACCUGCUACCCAUCCUGGAGAAGCAAGAAGAGUCGCGGAAGCGUAAAGCUUUGCAAAGGGAAAAGGAGAUGCUGAGCCUCGAGAAGAUGGCUCAUGCCAAAAGAUCUAGUCGUCUUGCGGGCAAAAUUGAACAGCAAAAACAACAAGAGCAAGCCAAAGAAGAGGAACAGAGGCGUCGCAUCGAAGAAGCGGCCGCCCGAAAGGAAGAACAGAAACGCCUGAAGAUAGAGAAGGAACGCGAUCACCGCAUGAUGUCCCGAGAGCAACGGCUCAAGGAGCGAGAGACCAAGCGUCUGCAACACGAGGAGGAACUCGCUCAGCUUUCUGAAGACAGUAAGAAUAUGAGUAGUGGGACUGGUCGACUCUCAGAACGGCGUCUAAAGGUUGAGAUGGAGAAGAACAAGCAAGCUUUACAGGAGCUUGAGGAGGAAGAGGAAGACUGGAUAUUCGACUGCAUCUGCGGUGUUUAUGGCCAAGUCGAUGACGGCACUCACAGCGUGGCUUGCGAAAGAUGUAAUAUCUGGCAACACAGCAAGUGCGUUGGCAUCAGUGAGGAGGAUGCGGACCGGGAAGAUUUCCACUUCAUCUGCAAGUCUUGCAAACAACAACAAUCGUCACGUCCGGGAGGCCCCAAGCCAACUGUCAUCAAGUUGAAGGUCAACCAAGGCAAUGCUGCCUCUUCGGCUUCUGACAGAGAUAAGACCGACUCUCCAGUCCAGCAGCAGGCCGAACCUGAAGCGCGCUCCGAUAUCGUUGUCGAGAUACCCAGCAAGACUCAAGGGGCUUCCGAACUGUCGCAGGCACACCCGAACCAUGUUGCAGACAACAAAUCUCAGUUUCCACCGACUAUUCAGCCCCUAGGCCAAUCGAGUAUUCCCAUCAAACCCGCAGGUCAGGCAACAGUACUGCCGCCUCCUUCGCCUUACACGAAUGGAGACAGCGCUCAUCCAUUCUCGUCACCACAUCCAAUGCUAUCGCCGCCAGAGCAGUCGCCAAACAAAUCCAGAGCCUACUCGACACUGUUUAACCCAUCUUCCCCCGUUCCUAUAGGUCAGCACUCCAAAGGCGAGGGUCGAGCGCCUCAAAAGGGGGUUUUCCAUGUUUCACCAAGAACCAAUGGCAGUUCACAAGCACCCCAAAGCAUUGUACCACCUCACGCAGACGCGUAUGUACCGCCAGUGACGGCUACUUCGGAGUCACCUCUGAAGCAGCCUUUUGACGCUACAAGCAGCAAUCUAACGGUGCUGUCACCGUCAGCUGCAUCAUCGGUGUCGUUUACUGCUUCGGCGCAAACACCCAGCUCCCACAACGGCCAAACUAAUGCGCUCUCAACUCCGCAAAUCGAUCAGUCAGGACGGCGGCGAGUGGAUGUCACUCCGACACUCCCACCCACUCGGAAUGGACUUUCACCAUUGAAACGCUCGCCGCCGCCCCUUGAAAAAGCGAGUAAUGGUGUCCACUCAUCACCAACACCUUCGAUCUUGCCCCCUUCUACGGCUUUGCCACCUUCGCCCUCGCAGCAAAUAUUGACACCGCCAGUCAAGUCGGCCGACCCUGCGCGCCCGCCAUCUCAGCAAUCCAGCGGUCUUGUCCAGGAUGCUUGA